GGCGCAGAGAGCGAGGGGCGGGGCGGCCGCCGUAAGGAGCCGGCCGCCCCCGCAGCUCCGAGCCGUUGGUUCCGAGGUGCGCGGCGGGCGAUGGGGCUCCGUGCCGGCAUCCCCCCGCUCCUGGCCGCCACCUUCCUCCUCCUCAUCCUCCUCCAGCUUCGCUGUGCCUCCUCCGCUGCCUUGCCCGGCCGCCAGAGCGAGCCCAACGAGAGGCCCAUCGUCGGGGUACUGGCACAGGAAUGCCACUUCCAGAAGUUCCAGAAAUAUGGAAGUUCGUAUAUUGCAGCUUCUUACGUUAAGUUUUUAGAGUCUGCUGGUGCCCGAGUUGUGCCACUAAGAUUAAAUCUUACAGAUGAAGAGUAUGAUAAAAUAUUCCACUCUAUUAAUGGGGUACUGUUUCCAGGGGGUGGCGUGGAUCUUAAGACUUCAGAAUAUUCCAGGGUUGCUAAGAUAUUUUACCGCAAGGCAUUAGAGGCUAAUGAUAAAGGAGAUUAUUUCCCAAUAUGGGGGACAUGCCUUGGACACGAAGAGCUGACAUAUCUCACAAGCAACAAAGUUUUACUUGUUAAUACCAAGACAACUGGUUUGGCACUCCCUCUGAAUUUUACCUCAGCUGCAAAAGACAGUAGGUUGUUCAAGAAUCUUCCUAAGGAUUUAUUACGUGCGCUUGCUAAUGAGCCGUUGACAUCAAACUUUCAUAGAUGGAGCCUCUCCAUGGAGAAUUUCACAAAGAACGAAAAGCUUCAUAAAUUCUACAAUGUUCUGACCACUAACACUGAUGGUAAAGUGGAAUAUAUAUCUACCAUGGAAGCAUACAAAUACCCAAUUUAUAGUGUCCAGUGGCAUCCGGAAAAAAGUCCUUUUGAAUGGAAGAAAUCAACAGGCAUUACACAUUCCUCGUCAGCUGUACGAGCUGCAUAUUACUUAGCUGACUUCUUCGUUAAUGAAGCACGGAAGAGCCUGCACCAUUUCCCCAGUGAAGAUGAUGAAAGAAAAGAAUUGAUUUAUAAUUAUACUCCAAUUUAUACAGGAACGUUUUCUUCAUUUCAGCAAGUCUAUUUUUUUUGAUUGAGUGUCUUGUCAGAGGUGCAGCAUUGCUAUAUAUAAAUGGAAUUAUUUGCCUGCAUUGCAUAAUUAAGCUGAUAUAGUGCAGUGCAUGUGACAGAAAGCCAGAACAGUUCUCUUUCUUUACAGUGACUUAUCCUAUGUUUCUUCUGCACUCCUGGACCACUAAUCUGAAAAUUUACAUUCCGUACUAUAAUAGUUGUCUUGGAUCAUGCUUUAAUGUGAACUACAGAAAAAUGCAUUUUUUUGUACAGGGAAGGCAUCUUGAUUGUGCUGAUAAAUUUGAACAAUUUCAGGUUUAGUAACAGGAAAAAUAUUGUAUUCUUAUAUUUCAAAACAUGGGGGUUAUCUCUGUAAAAUGUUGUGGACUAUGAUAGUACUACAGAUUUAAGGUAUAUUGCUUACUAAAGUGCUGUCCUCUUCAAAUGAUUUAGCAAACAAGACUUUGGAUCUUGGGCCUGUCAUAAAUGUGUGUGUAACCAAGUUCUUGAAAGGGACUAUUUGGUCAUAUGAAAAAUUGUCCAAAAUAGUAAGGAAGCACGAUAGCGAGGAGACAGAAAAAGGAUGUGUUAUAUCCUAUUUGUGAAACUUUCCAUUGUACAUUCACUGUUGUUCAGAGAGUUUAUACCUUGUGAGGUCUACAUAGAUAUGAAGAUGUAGUGUAAAUUAGGCAUUGCAAAUUUCAGAUAAAAUAACUAAGUGUGGAGAGUGUAGUUAUGUGCUGCUUUCCCUUUCUGUUCUUUUCAAAUUCCAUGUUAUAUGGAAUCAGCAGACAGAUGUGAGGUACCGACUUGUCUUUGUAUGUAAAAGAAUGUAAAAUGAACUUUUGCUUUAUAUACUCUAACUUUUCCUGUAGUUACUUAGUAGAAUUUUCACUUUUAAUCUGAGGUAGUUUUCCAUGGACUCGGUGGAGACAGUUUCUUUCUGUCUCGUUGGAUACUUAGUACAUCUGGAAUUCAGUAAAAGGAUGAAUGUGUAUAAGAAACCUACUAAUAUUGACAUAAUGUGAUAAUAGCAGUUGCAUUCAGUAUAGUGCAAUAUUUUCUUGGUGUUUGAUUUUUUUCUUUGCUACAUGGUUAGUUUAAAUUUUGUUCAGUGGUUUUGUUUAGCAUUCAGAAAUUUACCAAGAUGAGACAAUCAGCUAUAACUCUUUAUUGCACAGCUUCCAAAUCCUGUUAAUAUCAGUGGGGAUUUGGAGUUCAUGAAAAAUUCAGGUUCAUACCUCAACUCCGUAUUGUAGUACGUUACACUCUCAAGUACCGCUUGAGACUCAGGUACACUUCUCAGGUUUUUCAGGUAAAGGGCACUCUAACUUAUGCUUUAUAAUGAAACAAUUUCAUAAGACAGAGUAAAUGUGAAAUGUAUUAAUUAAAAUAGUAGUCACAGUUAAUGUUUCCUUAUACUAGAAAGACACUGCUGGGCAACCACAAGCUUAAACAUGUGAUAUUGUGGAUUUCUGCGCUUGUCAGAUCAGCCAAAUUCAGUAAAUCUCUUUUUCAUAUGGGUGAUUUUUAUCAUGUUAACUAUAUCAUCUGAUUCCUGAACAGAACCAGUGUAAAGAGAUAAUCAUGCUCUACAGUUGCAUAUAAGUACAGCGGCUAAUCAUAGACUCUUAGAAUGGUGUGGGCUGGAAGAAGCCUUCAAGAUCAUCUAGUUCCACCUGCACUGCCACAGGCAGGGAUGCCACACACUAGCUCAGGUUGCCUGGAGCCUCAUCCAACCUGGUCUAGCCUAUCCAGCUAAGAUACUCAUGAAACAAGUCCAGCCACCAAUUUCUUAGUCAGGUUGAGUUCUUUGGAAUGCCUCUGAGAACUUGCCUAAGUAAGAAGGGCGGGAUUUAGCCUUAAAUACAGGGACCAACCUUAAAAGUGAAAUGUCUGCUAACUGCAGUGGGAGUAAUUUGUUCCUAAGUGUGCAACUUUAAGUAAUAUUGUGUGUAAUAUGAUGAAAGAGAGCUGUAUAUUUAUUAUGAAUUUGUAUGUCUUUUCUUUAUAUCCUUUAUCUUGUAAAGCUUUUUUGAUGGUGGCAGUGAUUUUUCUAUGAUACUUGAAAUAAAAUAUAUUCAAGCA